AUGCUGCCGACGUUUGACGCGCUGCCCCUGCUGCGGCCGGAGCUGGCAGGGCCGAUAGAGGAGGUGGACAUGGAGGAGGAGGGGGGCGCGGGCGGAAGCGCUGAUGCUGACGCUGCUGCUGGCGCUGGCGCUGCUGGCACGGGGCGCGGCGGCGGGGCAGCAGGGGGCGGCACCGAGGGGGAGGAGGGGUGGCGGCGGGAGCAGGGGGCCGUUGCGACGUCGGGCGGCGGCGCGCGGUGGGAGGACGGGGCGCGGUUGGAAGAGGAAGCGGACGCGCGCGGCCAAGCGGCGCAGGUCAGCAGGUGGGGCAGCCUGGGUGGCGACGGCGGCGGCGGCGGCGACGGCAGCACUGCGAGCCCCCGCGGCGGGAAGCGGGCGCGGGUGGGCGGCGCGGGCAGCGGUGGCGGGGACGGCCAGGGGGUCGACGCUGCUGAGAAGCAGCGGGAUGCGGCGCUGCUGGCCAGCAUCGGGGCCGCCCUGAGGCAGCUGGACGACGGGGACGACGGCGGCGGCCGGCCUGAUGCUGGCGGCGGGACCGGCGGCCCGCGCCUGCUGCGCUCGGGCGGCACUGGGCGGCGCGGGGGCCUCAAGUCGUCGGGGGGCGGCGGCGCUGGCGGCAGCAGCGUCCCAAAGCGCGUGAGAUGGCCUGACCAGGAGGAGGCAGCGGCGGCAGAGGAGGAUGAGGGCUUCAGGAUGUGGGGCGGCGCAGCACGACAGCUGGAGGAGGUGUUCCUGGUGGAGGGGCUGGGGCCAGCGCCCAUGGCCCUGGACGACCGCGGCGGCGGCGCCAACGCCGGCACGGCCGGCGCGGGCCCAGGGGCGGGACCACGGCCAGGCCGGCCCGCGAGGCGGUCGUUUGCCGAGGCUGCGCGCGCGGAGCAUGCUACUGAGCACGACGCGUUCAGGUCGCUGCUGCUGGGGGGCUUGGGCAAGCCACGGGCGCCGCCGCCAGGGCGGUAG